CUGACGUUGCGAUAUAACAAGACUUACUCCUGCAGCACCAAAUCACACACAGAGAAGCUAUACCACAGAGAAGCUAUACCCUCACCAAAGCGCAUGAGAAUCUGAUAGCUCGAGAUGAGCGCAACUUAUCUACGACAACUUUGCCUCCUUCAUUUGGUCUGGUGCCUUGGAUAUUGGAAGGUGACAGAGGCUUAUCCCAGCAAAGAGUGUGAACAUGGAAUUGCUUUGAUGAAGGGUCCUGGGAUCCAGACUGAUGUGGGAGAUAUGAUGUGGAGAGAUCAGAAUGAGCAGCAAGUUCAGAAUGUAUUCAAAAGAUUCCUGUUUCACUAUUCAAAGGCUAACUCGGUAGGCUCUAUACAGCAUGCGUCCCAUUCAGUGCACCCGUUGAUGCGCCUGACACCAAAACUGAGGAGAAAGAAGCAGCUCCUGCUUUUGAAGCUCCGGGAUCUCCCUGAAGGUGUGAUGUAAAAAUCUGACUGUGGAAUAACUGGAAGGCAGACACCAGCAAGCUGCAUCCCCCUGAACAUUGAGCACAAAAUGGUGGACAGACAGAAGCAGCAUUCUCUGGCAAUGGACUUGAUAUUGAGAAAUAAAUGGAGAUAAAUGUGACUGCAUUGCAGAUUGUAGUGUCUUCCUGAUUACUAUUGGUGAAUUUAAAUGUUGUGAUUUAAAAUGAGGUGGCAGUUGCACAAAUACAGGCAUUAAGUACAUUGCUAUCUGUGAACAGUGAACAUACACUAGAGUCAAAUACACCAAAGGAGUCCUUUAUGUGAUGGUUACACAGAUCACAGCGAACACUUUAUUAAAAAACUGUCAACCGUGAUUAUGGCAUGGGUGAAUGGCUACUUACAUUUAAUUUAACAAUUAGAAUUGUAUAUAUUUAUAUUGUCAUAUUAUAAAACGCAUAUGCAAAAUAAAAAAUGACAAUCUUCAACCAAAGGUUCUGUAGAAACACUGUUGAAGAGUCCGAUCUGAUUUAGGAGAAUGAUCACU